UCGGCGCCUGCGCAGAGGCUCAGCCGCGCUCGCACUCCUGUGCGGCUGGGACUCAACCUUGACUUCGACUGGCUGGUGUUCUGUGUUCUGCGUGAGUAGCGUCUGUCGGUGCGAGGCCCGGCUGCGCCAUGAACCGGUGCGCCGAGGCGGCGGCCGUGGCGGCCACGGUGCCGGGCGCGGGAGUCAGGAUCGCGGGGCCGCGGCCACAGAUGGUGCCCCGCCAAGCGUCCUUCUUCCCGCCGCCCGUGCCCAACCCCUUCGUGCAGCAGACGCGGCUGAGCUUGGCGAGGCGCAUCCAGAUUUUCUUCCUUGGGCUCUUCCUGCUCCCCAUUCGAGGCUUGUUCCUUGGGUUAGUCUUAUUGCUGGCAUGGCCGUUUGCUGCACUUUCAACGCUGGGCAGUCCCGAAAAGCCCACCCAUCCAAUCACCGGUUGGAAGAGGCAGAUCACUCAGCCAGUUUUGAAGUUCCUGGGCCGUGCCAUGUUCCUCUCCAUGGGGUUUACCGUGACCGUGAAAGGGAAGAUCGCGAGCCCCGUGGAGGCCCCCAUUUUUGUGGUGGCCCCCCAUUCGACCUUCUUCGACGGGAUCGCCUGUGUCGUAGCGGGGCUGCCGUCCAUGGUUUCCCGGAGCGAGAACGUGCAGGCCCCUCUCUUUGGCAGACUGUUACGGGCUCUGCAGCCGGUGUUGGUGUCCCGUGUGGACCCGGAUUCGAGAAAAAACACAAUAAAUGAAAUAAUCAGGCGAGCCACCUCAGGAGGGGAGUGGCCCCAGAUACUAGUUUUCCCGGAAGGUACUUGUACUAAUCGCUCCUGUUUGAUUACUUUUAAACCAGGAGCCUUCAUUCCCGGAGUCCCCGUGCAGCCGGUCCUCCUCAGAUACCCAAACCAGCUGGACACUGUGACUUGGACCUGGCAAGGAUAUACAUUCUUCCAGCUUUGCGUGCUCACCUUCUGCCAGCCCUUCACCAGGGUGGAAGUGGAGUUUCUGCCCGUUGAAGUGCCAAGUGAUGAAGAAAAGAGAGACCCGGUCCUUUUUGCUGGGAGAGUCCGGACUUUGAUGGCCCAGGCCCUGGGAAUCCCGAUGACCGAGCACACGUAUGAAGACUGCAGGCUGAUGAUGUCGGCGGGCCAGCUCACGCUGCCCAUGGAGGCCGGGCUGGUGGAAUUCACCAAAAUUAGCCGGAAGUUGAAACUGAACUGGGACAGCGUGCGGAAGCACCUGGACGAAUACGCGGCCAUCGCGAGUUCCUCCAAAGGAGGGAGAAUCGGAAUUGAAGAGUUUGCCGAGUACCUGAAGUUGCCCGUGUCUGAUGUGCUGAGACAACUUUUCGCGCUCUUCGACAGGAACAACGACGGCAGCAUCGACUUCCGGGAGUACGUGAUCGGCCUGGCCGUGCUGUGCAACCCCGCCAACACCGAGGAGAUCAUCCAGGUGGCGUUCAAGCUCUUUGACGUCGACGAGGAUGGCUACAUCACAGAGGAAGAGUUUUCCACCAUCCUUCAGGCUUCCCUUGGGGUGCCCGACCUUGACGUCUCCGGCCUCUUCAAGGAAAUAGCCCAGGGGGACUCAGUGUCCUACGAGGAAUUUAAGAGGUUCGCCCUGAAGCAUCCAGAAUAUGCGAAGAUAUUUACAACGUACUUAGAACUCCAGACCAGCCACGUGUUCUCGUUACCCGAGGACGACCGGGCCCCUCCCCCCGUGGCCACGAACAAAGUCAGCCCGGAGAAUCACGACGAGAGCCCCUCGGACAAGAAAGAUGACUGAGAGCGAGGGUCCCCAGAAAGGAGCCCGGAGUGGCUUUUACUCGACGUAGCGAAGGCGUUGAUCGAGAGUGCUGUACAUGGGAUUUACUGAGUGACGAUGAUGUAUAACAUGGAAAGCUUUUUUAUAAAAAUGGUAGAUUUGUAUUCAGAUGCUUUUAUUCACCUGUGUGGAUCAAGGAAUUUUCAUAUUCCUCUUUUCUGUUAUAUUGUGCUGUCCUGAUUGGUUUACCGGUGGUAACUAGAUUGUUAUGAAAUUUUCCAGUUUAAUUUGCACAUCCGAAUGAAUGAAAGGCUCCCGCGUACGGAUGAGCGUUCAUCAAAAGGCGCAAGAGUUUUCUAAGGGGUGGGGGGAGGGGGAAGUACUUUUUUUUGUUCUGAUUCCUUUCCAUGCUGGAAAUGAGAAUGAAGAGUCUGCGGAGUGCUGCAGAAGUUUACACCUUUACCUGUACAGAUUCAUUGCGUUCCAUGUCCGUGUCAGUGUCUUGGAUCACUGACUGAGGUUGGGUUGGAAGGGAGAGCUUCGUUAGUUAGAUGAGACUCUUAAAAGCCCCCCUUCUCUCUCGCAUGCACCCCUACUGUGGGUCUCCUCCACCACCCGCUGGGGGAACUCACGCCCUUCUGCACGACCUACUGAUUUAGAACUCUCUCUCUCUUUUUUUUUUUUUUUACAGACAAGAGCUCUGGCCAAAGGCUAAGGGGGCCUUGGCUUACUGGCCAACGUUACUUAGGUAACGUUGACUGUCUAACGAGAACAUGAAUUGUCGACCACUGAGUUUGGUUCCCUCUGAGUUGGACAGUGCACGAUGUAGCUCUUGCCCAGGAAAUGAAUCAGACUUGCUCUACUGAUAGAACAUUAAAAUCCAGAACUUGUCUGAAAUAUCUGCAGGGAACACAGGGAAGAUUCCAGAGCUAGGGAAUCCAACACCCUAGCCAUCCCCCCCCCCCCCACCGUUGGACCCCGGGCAGGAGUCGGGCCGAGGCAUCAUCCUGAGGUUCAUGUCAUUUCCUGCUGGGGCCGUUUUUAUGGGAUGUCACACGUGUGUGCGUGUUGUAUCAUUUGUGUUUGAAAUUUGGAACGAAGGACCAAUUUUUUAAUAUA